CUCCUCGCCCUCUUUUCUCUCUCGCCCCUCCAAUCUAGGUCGUACUCUCAUCGUCCGAUCCCCCUUUCUCUCUCUCUCUCACUAAAUCGAAGAGAAGCUCACGAGAAUCGCGGCGUUAGGGCCAGGUGAGUCGUCCCUGUUCGAUUCGAUCUCUUCAAACCCUUUUCCCCCAACGCUUCCCCUUUUUUUCCCGUUAAUUUCCGUCAACAACGGCCAAAUUUUCGAAUUUGGUGGUAAAAUUUGAAUAUUUUCUCCCGCCCGAUCCGUUUCCGGUGCAAUUUGGUGCGCAAUUCGAGCUUUUUGCGUGUAAAAAUCGCAUCUUUCGAGGGUUGGAGUGGAUAUAGUUGGAUUUGAAGCGGGGGAGGCGAUGUCGAGCUCCGCGGAGAACGCCGAGAGCGCCAAUGGUGAUGAUGCUUGGGUCCCGAAGAUCGGUAUGGUGUUCGAGAACGACGAGAAGGCCUACCAUUUCUAUUGCCAUUACGGGAAGGAAAUGGGGUUCGGCGUUCGGAAGCAUUUGGUGAAGAGGAGAUCCUCUGGUUUGGUGUACUCUAGGGUUUUUUCCUGCUACAAGGAAGGGUAUUGUAGGACCACCAAGGAGGGGAAGAAGCCGCGCCCCGACGCGCGGAGCGGUUGCCAAGCUCACAUGACUGUGAAGAUCACGGACGACGGCCGUUUCCGCGUUAGCGAGUUCGAGCCGAAUCAUAACCAUGAACUAGCACCGAAAGCGGUCGAAGAAGUAACCGCGACGCCGAGCAAUGCUGGAGCUUCUCUUUCAAAUAUUGCUACAUGUCGCCCCCGCUUCAAGAAUUUUGUUUCGCCAAAGUGUAUGAAUGCUAAACGGGACGCCAGGAUUGGUGCUGUUAUGAGAUGCGUGCAGAAGGGAAUGCAGGAAAAUAGAGAGGUUUACUCUUCGGUAGCGUCGUCGGAAGAGACGUAUUAUAAUCUUUCAGUUGAUAACAACUCUAAUGAGUGUUGGGUGCCAAAGAUUGAUAUGGAGUUUGAGAAUGAUGAGGAGGCUUAUCUGUUUUAUGUGAAUUACGCGACGGCGAUAGGGUUUAGCGUACGGAAGCAUUUGAUUAAAAGGAGGGCGUCGGGGAUUGUGUUUUCGAGGGUCUAUGUUUGCCACAAGGAAGGGUUUUGUAGAAGGAAAGAAGAUCAGCAGGGGAGGUCUCCUAAGCCAUACGAUCGGACCGGUUGCCUCGCGUCGAUGACGGUUAAGAUCACGAAGAACGGUAGGUACCGUGUGAGUGCAUUCGAGCCUAAGCAUAAUCAUGCUCUUGUGAUUCCAUCGAAAGCUCACUUAGUUCGAUGGCAGUGGCGGAAAGCGUUAGCGGAGACUCCAAAAGAUUCCGUGGGUCCAGAAGACGAUUCGAAAGUAGAAUUAGAGUGUAGUGAUGAACCAAUUGAUGAAGAAGAUAAGACUUACCCAAAUCUAACUUUUCGCAAGAACUAUAUACCAUCGAGGUGCACAAAUGCUAUGAGAUUGGGAGAUCUAGGCGCAUUGAUGCAAUACAUGCAUGAAAGGCAGGUAACCGAUCCGUCGUUUUAUUAUGCAUUGCAAUUGGACCUAAAUGAUCAAGUAACCAACAUAUUUUGGGCGGAUACGAAGUCUAUUGUGGAUUUUCAUUGCUUCGGCGAUGUCGUAUGUUUUGAUACUACAUUUAAGACGAAUGAUGAUGGCAGGCCUUUUGCUCCCUUUAUCGGUGUCAAUCAUCACAAGCAAGCCGUUGUUUUUGGUGCGGCAUUUCUUUAUGAUGAAAGGGAAGAAUCAUUUAAGUGGUUGUUUGAGACUUUUAAGAACGCUAUGCACGGAAAACAGCCAAAGCUGGUUUUAACAGGCCAAUCUGCGGCAAUAAAUAAUGCGAUAGCUACAGUGUGGCAAGGUACCGUUCAUCGAUAUUGUGUAUGGCAAAUCUAUAAUGAUGCUGCGAAGAACCUUAAUAUUGUUUUUGAAGGUUCGACAACUUUUGCCAAAGAUUUCAGUAAAUGCCUUUAUGAUUGUGAUGAUGAAGCGGAUUUCUUAUCGGGGUGGAAAAAGUUGCUAGAGAAUUAUGGUCUCCAUAACAACGAAUGGUUGGCUAAGCUAUACCAAGAAAAAGAGAAGUGGGCUUUGGCCUAUGAUAGAGAAAUAUUUUCUGCAGAUAUUAAGAGCACGCUUGUGAGGGAAAAUAUGAAUAUUUUCCUGAAAAAAUUCUUGGAUUUGGAAUUGGAUCUAUUAGAUUUCAUGAAACAUUAUGAAAAAGUAGUUGACGAAAGGAGGCAAGCGGAAGUGGAGGCUGAUUUGAGUUCCAAUCAAACUGUUCUGCAAUUUCCCUCUUCAAAAAUGUUAAAGCAGGCUGCAAACGCGUACACUCCUGCAGUGUUUAAGGUAUUUCAGACCGAAUUUGAAUUCUCCAUGGAUUGUAUGGUUUACAGCUGCGGUCAAAUUGGAACGAUAUUUGAAUACAAGGUCAAUGAAGAGAACUCAAAAGAAUGCAUUGUCACAUUUGAUUCAUCAAAUGGCGCAAUUACAUGCAGCUGCAAAAGAUUUGAGUUUGUUGGCAUACAAUGCCGCCAUGUACUGAAAACCCUAGACAUUAUAAACAUUAAGGAGCUCGCGCCUCAAUAUAUUUUGAAGAGGUGGACUAAGGAUGCAAAAACCAUGAACUUACGGGACAAUUGUAUGCUCGCAACUCACGGUGACAGCAAGUCAACUCUUGCAAGGCGUUAUAGCUCUCUAUGUUGCAUUUUUAAUAAAAUUGCUGUGAGGGCUGCGGAAGCUGUGGAGUCAUAUACAUUUAUUGAAAGCCUAUCUGAUCGGCUUAUGAGCCAAGUGGUCCAAAUUUUGCAGGCAAGACCGCCUGAGGGUCCUGAGGGUAGUUAGUGUGUUUCAAGAACUUGUGGUUGCUGUGUCGGUGUGAUGCUCUAAAAUUUCGCGCUUGCAUAGUUGUAAUGUAGGGUUAUCCAUGCUUGCUCUCCAACUGCUUUCAGGAAUCCUCACGGAUGGUGCAGAAAUGCAUGCUACAAUGAAUAACGAGCGAGGUUCGGAUCAUGUUCGCAGAGCUGCUUUUCGUUACAACUAGCUGUUAGGGCUUUGAUAGGUGUUGGCUUUUACUAGCAUAGAGUAAACUGUAAAUGGAGAAUGAUUGAUCGGCGCCGAACAUAAGAUUACAGCAAUAGAGAGGAGGUACAGUUGAAAUACUCGGAAAAUAUAGAUUUUACCUCUUGCUUAUCUAUGUUUACUGGAUUAUACCUGACCAGGAGGCUCUUUGACAUGUCCGAAUAGCUGAAGCCGAAAACUACAAAAAAAAUUGUACCAUCCCCCCGUAUGAUUCAUGUAUAAAUACUGAAUUGUUGGCCCUUUGAGAUCAUAAAAUUGUCGCUUCUCUUGUUGCAUGAUCAAACAUUGUGUAUGAUAUGGUGUACAAAAAUUCCUUUUUUGGUUGUGCUCCUUUUCCUUUUCAUUUGCGUUGAUUGCAUAUUUUGAUUUGAGUUGUAACUUGCUCUUUUGAAGAGGGAGAACAAGAAUCAUGGCUUGCGAGUGUAUAUUGAACUUUUCGCUUGUUCGGCCCUACUUUAUGGUAUGGUGUAAUGUUGUUUGAUAAAGUAUUAUAUGAGAAGCGCUAUCAAAAGUUUCUGCAA